AUGUACCGCAAGCUGCUGACGGACAUCAUAAGCUUGCUGGAUGAGUACUCCGAAGCGCACCUUGCUCAGCUCAAAGGGGACCGGCGUGGCCAGUGGCGGCUGGGCGGCCUGGACCCCGGCCGCUUCGCGGAGCUGAAGGCCACGCCCCUGUCACAUGCGGUUCUGCACCCAGAGCCCAUGCCAGUGGAGGUGUCGUCGAAAUCUGACAUGCACCCCUUGUACGCCUUCCUGGAGAGCAAGGACAAGUUUCAGCCCAACAUCAAUGACGACUUGGUUUUCACCAAGGGCACAAUCACCCGUGACAAGCGCUUGGACCUGUGCAAGCAGGUCAUCGGGCCACAGGGAGUGGAUGAUUUGCUCCAGGCAUUGACCGUGAACCAGGAUGCUGGGUUGGUGGAGCACCUGCUGUUGGGCAACAACAUUUGCGGCAAUGAGCUGCCGCGGAGAAUUGCUGAGCUGAUUCGAGACGGCAAGGUGUCACUGAGCACGUGGUACAUUGCCGGGAACCACAUCACGGCAGAGGGUCUGAAGCCGCUGUGCGAGGUGCUGAAAGGCGACCAAAUUGUUCGUCAGUUCUGGCUGAAACGGAAUCCUCUGCGUGCAGAAGGUGCAGGCCUGGUGGCAGAGAUGCUGAAGACGAAUAGGACUUUACAGGUGCUGGACCUGGUGAAUUGUGGCUUGCUUGACGAGGGAGCGGAGGCGAUUGCCAGCAGCCUUGCGGACUCCAGCCUGCAGCACCUUUACCUCGACGGCAACGGGCUUACUGCCAAGUCUGCUGCGAGCAUUGCCAAGGCAAGCAAGAAGCUUACCACCCUAUCCUUGGGCAUGAACCGCCUCUAUGACGAAGGAGCGAAAGAGGUAUGUGAGAAUCUCGAGGGCUGCCGGCUACAGCGCCUCUGCCUGGCGGCCUGCGGCAUCGGCCACGCGGGCGCCGCCAGUAUCGCGGCGCUGCUGAAGCGGAACUCCACGCUGCGGUUCCUGGACCUCGGACUCCUAAAGGCGACCUCAGCUCUGGCGGAAGUCCCGAAUCGGCUCUCAGACGAGGGGGCGCAGAUCAUCGCGGAAGCGAUGGAGGUGAAUUCGACAUUGAAUGCCCUCAUCCUGGUGCACAACUCCAUCCACCAGACCGGCAUCAAGGCGUUGCAGGUAAGCCUUGCGAAGAACACCUCCAUGGUAAAGUUGGAGCUAGAGCAACUUGGGAUCCCCUUCAACGAGCUGACCCGUGAGGAGAUCCGACACAUCAUGACCCGGAACCGCAGAGCGCUGCAAGAGGACUCCCAGGAGUGGGCCAAGGUGCAAGAGGGUCUGGAGCCCGCGCAUCUCCGCGAGAUCAAGUCUGUCUACCGCAUGGGCAACACCUACUCACCACAUGGAGAGGAGGACUUGUGA